AAAAUAUCAGAGCCGCUUGAUAGAAUGACCAAUCUCUGAUUUGGAAUUCCGUGGACCCAUUAAGCUCGUCGUCAGGUCAGGAAUUGCCGGUCUGGCGACCACACUCUCACUUUUCCUAAUUUCUGAAUCAAAAACCAAUUUCCGAAAUGUCUUUGAAAUUCCAAAACGGAAUAGAUAAGGCGAGGAUAUUCAGAUUCUUACAGAACACAGCGCUUUCCACUUUGUGUUUUCACAGGCGAAAAGUACAUAUGGCGAGGAAUAACUCUCCAAAAGUUCAAGUCCUCUACGACCUCUGCAAAAACAACUUUACUCCCUCUGGGACGCCUCCCCCAUCUCCUCAAGACGUCCAAAAGCUCAGCUCUCUCUUGGACACAUUUGGCCCCAAAGAUGUUGGGCUUAAAGAGGAAAGUCCAGAUGAUGAUCAAGGGCUUGGUAUUUUUGGACUUAAUCAACAGACUAGAGUAGAUCGGUGGGUUCAACCAAUAACAUAUCUGGAUAUACAUGAAUGUAAUAGUUUUACGAUGUGCAUAUUCUGCUUUCCUACUUCAUCAGUUAUUCCACUCCAUGACCAUCCUGGGAUGACUGUCUUUAGCAAACUUCUUUAUGGCUCUAUGCAUGUAAAAGGCUAUGAUUGGGUUGAGCCUGCUAUUAUCCAGGAUAACAAGGGAUUAAAUUAUCCUCGAGUGAGACUAGCAAAAUUGGCGGUUGAUAAAGUCUUAACAGCACCAUGUGUGACAUCAGUUUUGCAUCCAAAGAGUGGAGGGAAUUUGCAUUGCUUCACGGCAGUCACCCCAUGUGCUGUACUUGACAUUCUUACGCCUCCUUACCGAGAAAAUUUGGGUAGAAAAUGUACUUACUACAAGGACCAUCCGUAUUCCACCUUUGGAAGUGGAGCUCAAAUAGACAAUGGAAAAGAAGAGGAAUAUGCAUGGCUUGCAGAGAUAGGAACACCAGAUGAGCUGUACAUGCACACUGGAUUAUACACUGGCCCAGCUAUCCAGGCUUAGCUUUCAAUGUAAAUUAUUGUUCUAGUUUGGAAGGUUAGCCCACUUAACUCGUUUCUUCAACUGGGGCUGUGGAUUUCUGGUAGCGUUUCUGGUAACCAUUUGUAACAGCCCUACCCAACAUAGCCUCUAAAUGCCAAUAGAAAGGGCUUUCCAGGUGAUUUUUCUCCUUUGAUAAGCAGAUAUUCUUUUUAUUGUUCGCGCAGAAUCAAAUAGC